CCAUGUUGCAGCAGGACAGAAAUGAUGACAUUGAAGAUGUUUCACUGUUUGAUGCAGAAGAGGAGACAACUAGUAGACCAAAAAAAUCCAAAAUCCGACACCCAGUGGCAUCAUUUUUCCAUUUAUUCUUUCGAGUCAGUGCAAUUAUAGUCUAUCUUCUCUGUGAAGUGUUCAGCGGCAGCUUUAUUGCCUGUAUGGUGACAAUUAUCUUGUUGUUGUCAUGUGACUUUAGGGCAGUCAGGAAUGUCACAGGUAGACUAAUGGUUGGCCUGCACUGGUGGAAUCAUAUUGAUGAAGAUGGAAAAAGCCAUUGGGUGUUUGAGCCCAGGAAGGCCUCUCCUCAAGACAGUAAAACUGUUUCAGAGGCUGAAUCAAGAAUCUUCUGGUUAGGACUCAUUGCCUGUCCAGUGCUAUGGGUCAUAUUUGCCUUUAGUGCCCUCUUCUCCUUCAGAGUGAAGUGGUUGGUGGUGGUUAUCAUGGGUGUGGUGCUGCAAGGGGCCAACCUGUAUGGCUACAUCAGGUGCAAAGUGGACAGCAGGAAGAAUUUAACCAGCAUGACUACAUCGUACCUUGGAAAGCAGUUUUUAAGACAAACCACUGGAGACGAUCAGACCUCCUGAAGAGAGUGAGGGAGGCUGCGUGUUCUUUCCAUUGGGAACAACUGAAGGGGGUCUUGACUCUGAACCUUUAGAACUCAGUACCUAUUGCAAAGAGGAGUGUUGGGUUUGUUUUUCCAUUUUAAAGUUUACUUUAAAAAAAAAAAA